AUGGAUAUCACUUACAUCAUGGACAGCUCUCGCAGUGUCAGUAGUGAAGAGUUUCAGCGAGCCAAAGACUUUGUGAGCAACAUGCUAGAUCAGUUUGUCGUUUCCUCACAGCCAAAUGAAUCAUACGGAGGGAUCAGAGUGGCACUGGUGCAGCAGGCUCCCCGGGGCUUUCUGCCUGACAGAAACCAAACCCCUGUGGCCUUGGAGUUUGAUCUUGUCACAUACAACAGUAAAGAUUUGAUGAAGAAACAUAUCCAAGAGUCUGUUCGUCAACUGGAAGGGCCAUCAGCUAUUGCUUCUGCCCUACAGUGGACGGUUGAAAAUGUGUUCUUUAAAGCCCCCAGACAAAGAAAACACAGGGUCAUAUUUACAGUAGUUGGAAGCAAAACAAGCAUGUGGGACAGAGAGAAGCUGGGAGAGAUUUCACUUGGAGCCAAGUGCCAAGGAUUCACCUUGUUCACUCUUGUGCUUGGCAAUGAUGUGAGUGACGAUCAGCUGAUGGAGCUGUCGAGCUCCCCCACAGAACAGCACUUACUGACACUGGGCAAGGUUUCAACAUCUGAGAUGUUAUACGCUCAGAGAUUUACCCGGUCAUUUCUAAAUCUUCUACAACAAGAAAUGAACAGUUAUCCUUCACCUGAACUUCAAGAAGAGUGUGAAAACUUAGAUCAGGGAGACACACAACAGCAAGUGUCUAUGAUUGAAAGGAUGCCUUUUCCUGGAACUGAUGAAACUGGUUACGGUAAUGAUUUAGAAGGCAUUGAAAGAACUGAAAGUAGAGUCCUGGAGAAUAUUAGAGAAACCACCACAGAACCUGUAUACACAAUGCAAGAAAUGAGAUAUGAUUAUGAGGACAAUGAGUAUUUCACAGAGGAAAAUGUUGAAGGAGAAAAGCCACAAGAGUAUGGAGGAGCUCAGGAGGAGAAUGAGGAAAACUUAGAGGCAACAGCAGAAACUAGAGCUGCCUAUAGUGAUUAUG